AGCGAAUUCUGGACGACAAAUGGCGACGUAGGAAAGCUGUGGAAAGAACUGUCCACAGCAAUGAAAGGGAAAGAGAAUGUCAGUGGAAAUGGGGAUUGUAGUAAAGUGGAUGAUAAUGGCACCUCCGGUGGCAGAACGCCUACCGACCCAGAAAAGAGGGCAUGCCAACAUCUUACAGCAGGUUUCAACCAACUAAAAGAUUCAACUUCCACCAACGAUAAGUACACCAUUUUGAAGAACAACCCACUGUUAAGACAAACAGUGGGUUGUUUCCUUCUUAAGGAAUAUGCAAAACUAAUGCAAACUAACUCUAAAUGUGUUAUCACUUCUGGUUUAAAGAAAGCUUUCGAUCUAUGGAAACCCAAAAAUAAUGGGCAAUGCGAGGACGAUAGUCCUUGCAUUGACUGUACUUGGGAUGAAUCAUUGGACACUUGCUCAAUUACCACAAGUGGCAGCGCAACCCAGACGAAAGUAACGGACAAAUUAAAUACAGUGCAACCCAAAAUUGAAGGCACCGCAAAAGAGAUCCUACCGAAAAUAAAUAAAAUGUAUAAGUUAUGCGAUUACAUUAUGUGUGCCGCACCCAAAUGGUUCUACAACCAAAAGAACAACAAGAACCAAGCAGCGAAUAGAGGAACGGCGAAGACUUGGUGUAACUUCUGGGAUGAGGGCGUCCAGCCCGAACUGAAGAAAAUGUUCAACGAUAUCGAGAAGAAUCGAAAGGACUCGUCAAGCACAUACACUAUUGACACCAUAUGCCGAAUCUUUGGUGAUGGUAAUGAUGAUAGUGUUGAAAGAAAAGCAUGUAAUCACAUCGUGGCGGGAUUAAAAUACAUUAAAAACAUUCCACCAAAGGAUAGUGGUAGUACUACUGCCUCUUGGUCUCAUGAGCAAGACAAGCAACUGCUCGAUCGAGCAGUUGCUUGUGUUGCUCUUAAUCUUUAUGCUGAUCAAAUAAUUACAAAAUCUCAAGAGAAAUGUCCCAUUGAUGAGGAAAGAAUAAAAAAAAUAUUUGAUGUUUGGAAUGGAACUAAUUUUUCAUGUGAGGGUAAUAAUAAUAAUAAUUGCUUUAAGUGUGAAAGACUUCCAAAUUUUAAUGGUUGCGAAUUAAGUGUUUCCAAAACUUUGCUUAAAACAUCAUCACCAUCACAAUCACAAAGUGGAGCUUGCGAUAAGGAGGAAGCUGACGCAGUUAAAGUCCAAACUCAAGUGGACGAACUCCUCAAAGACAAAAACACCACCAUCAAGAUGGAAGAAAAAUUAUCCGACAUCACUGAAAUGACCACUUUCUGUUCUGAACUCCAAUGUGCUGCAAGGAAAUGGAACUUUACAAAAAACAGUAAAGGAACACCACCAUCAUGGAGUGAGAUAAACACUGUCGUUAACGAUGAAUUGAAGAAACUUCUACAACAGAUUACGAAUGUUCAGAAUUGGAAUUCUGCUAAGCAACACUGCAAUGACGACAUUGGUUCUUCCUGGUCAACCGACACAAAAGGAGAAAGAACUGCAAAGCAAAAAGCUUGUAAGCUUUUUACUUUAGGUUUAAAACACAUUUCUCAAAUUAAUGACGACAAGAACAAGGAUGCUGUACCACUUAAAAGGACUAUGAUGUGCGCAGCACUUAAUCUUUAUGCUGAUCAAUUAAUUACAAAAUCAACAGAUCAAUGUCCUCUAGAUGAUAAGAAAUUGAAGGACGCAAUAAAAUACGCUUUUGAUAAUAAUAGUAAUGCCACUAGGAGUGGAGCAAAUUCAUGCAAAACUGAUCCUAAUUCUUGUUUUGUUUGCAAUAGGCAAGAAAAAAGCACUUUUGCCAGUUGUCAAAUUGGACAAGACAAAAUAGGGGAGAAUAUGACCAAACUCCUGGUCAACGAAGACCAAUCCAACCUCAACAACAACCAGGAAAAAACACUAGAGAAAAUAAAUGAAAUAGAAACUUUCUGUACUCAAGUUCAAUGUGCCAUUAAACAAUACGGAAAGAACAAUAAUAAUAAAGGCCAGAAUGGAACAGUGACUUGGGAUGAUAUAAACAAUGAAGCCAAAGGCGUAUUAGAGCAACUUCUAAAACAGAUUACGGAACCUUCGCAGGAGAAGGACGUUGUCGACUUCUGCAAAGACAACGCCGCAUGGAAUAAGGGCCAUAAAGAAAGGAAAACAAAUAAAGCAGCAUGUUUGCUUUUUGCUUCAGGACUUCAGCACAUUUAUGGCCGCGGUAGGAAGUCUGUUAAGGGCCCUUUUAAGGGCCCAUCGUUUGAACAAACGAUGGGUUGUUUAUUUCUUAAAGAAUAUGCAAAACAAUUGCAAACAAUGGCAAAUGAGAAGAAAAAAGGACAUAGUUGGGUACAUCCUCUUUGUGAAAUAGAUAAGGGCAUAAAUCACGCUUUCAAACAAAGUAAAGACAUUAUGAAGAGUGUAUUAAAUGAAUGCGAGAAUGGUACUAAUGGUAUUUCUUGUUUUGAAUGCACACUGAACGAAGAUUAUAAAAAUUGCUCCAUUGGCUCUGACACAGUAGAAAAUAAAGUUAAUGAAAUGUUCACAGAAUCGACGAACAAAGACCAUAUGCAACAAACAUUAGAGAAUACAGUCUGUCCCAUCCUUCUUACGGAUCUCCUUACCCCUUUUCUUCCUUUGGCUCCUGUCUCUAUUGGUCUUUCUGCUAUGGCUUAUUACCUUUGGAAGUAUUUCGGUCCUCUUGGUAAAGGAGGACCACGUUUCAGAAGAUCUCCCACUGAAAUUCCGGGUCCAUCCGUACAGGAACAAGUCCUCGAUCAUGUGGAAGAAGCUGGUCCACAUGAAUAUCGAUUGGUGAAGGAACGAAAACCUCGUUCUGCUCCAACGAGAACGAAACGUUCUGGUCGCGUGAAUCGUCGAACGAUUAUUGAAAUUCAUUUUGAAGUGUUGGACGAAUGUCAAAAAGGGGACACACAAUUGAACCAGAAGGAUUUUCUGGAACUUUUGGUUCAAGAGUUCAUGGGAUCGGAAUUUAUGGAAGAAGAACAGGUUCCUAAGGAAGAGGUUCUUAUGGAAGGGGUUCCAAUGGAAAGUAUUCCUUUGGAGCAGGUUCCAAUGGAACGUGUUCCAAAUUUAGGUUCCGGGUUUAUGGUUUAG